AUGGCUGUAUCCCAAUGCCCGCGUUGGCCUCACGGUCACGACAGGGGACACUCCACUCUCCACUCCUUCCAUGGCCACCCAGUGCUCCUCGUCCUCGUCAGCGACGACAGGCGCCUCGAGGCCCUGACCCCUGACCAAGGUCACAGACACGGCGGGGCCAUCAUUAGCCUCGCCGAUCUUUCAAUCACCUCCGAUGACAAGAAUGCCACCCCCGACGACGAUGACAACAACAAAACCGACUGCCCCCCGCCCUGCCCCCGGUUUAUCCAGCUCCGAUUCCGAAUCAGAAUACGAGUUGGACUCGGACUUUGGCGACUCCCCGGUGCCAUCUUCCUGCAGCAGCCCGACGGGAUUCUCGUGGACGACAACGGCGCCGCAUCUGUCGACAGGAUCGACAGCUUCCUCGACUCGGGCAAAAGCGAAAGCACGGCCACGCCCUUGCCCAACCAGCCGACCUUCUUCCGCUCGUCGCCAUCAAGUGAGGGUUUCGGCUUGCCCGAGAGCCCCUCCUCCCAGAGCUCGGCGCUCGACUGCUUCCAAGAAUCUCUCCCGGAUCACGAAGCGAGCAAGCCCAGCAUGGCUGGUGCGGCGUAUAUGCCGCUCUCAACCCGCCCUCUGACGGCGCAGGAGUACCAGCGGUACCGAUCGCAGCGUCGGGGAGGAGACGGAAGCGGCAUGUCCCCCACCACCGCAGGGUUUACCGCGAGAUGCGCGAGUGACGGCAGAUACCAGGCAGGGCUUCGCUCGGCCGGCGCCUCUGCCCUCGGCACAAACAACAGUCCAGUGCCCAGCCCGACAGUCCACAAGCCGACGCCGUUGAACGGUGGGAGCACGCGGGCCAAGAUUACCAAACCCAUGGUGCUGUCGCGAGAUAGAAGAGCGAGCCGGAUUCCUUCGAUAUCAUCGCCCGGGAUGAUGACGAGAGAGGAGUUUGAAUCGCUGCCUCCAGCUAUCCAGAGAAAGGUUAGUGCUUAG